CACCAGAAUCCAUCUCAAACCAAAAACGUUUAAAAACAGAGAGAGCCAAAUUAUUAUUAAAUUAAUUAAAUAAACCAAAUAAAAUAAAAACCCCCCAAAACCAGAACCAAAAAAGAGAGAGAACUACAAUUCUCUCUCUCUCCCUCUCUCCGAUCAGAUCGGGCACCUCUGUCUGAAAUCCUACACUUUCGAUUUCUCCGUUGCUUUCAACGUCUCCAUUUUCAAUUUUCACUUUUUUUUUUGUUUCAAAAAUUUAUCAACUUUGGUUCAGCAUCGUUUUUGUUCCCAAAUUUUCUGCGAUCUGCGAAAAUCUCUUAUGAUUUUUGUGUUUCGUAUCGGAUUCGUUGCGCACGGAUGUUGAUUCGUGCAUUGAUAUAUUGAAUUUGUUGAAUUUUUUCGUUCUAGAUCGUUCGCGGUUCUCAAAUGGCGUCGGCUCAGGUGCUGCCGAACUCCUCCGCUUCGUCGCGGAAGCAAGAGCAUCUGGAAGCUGGCAAGCGCCGGCUGGAGGAGUUUCGUAAAAAGAAAGCCGCUGAGCGGGCCAAGAAGGCUGCACCCUCUGGCUAUGUUCACAAUUCUGAUGGUAACCAAAAUCAGAAACAGCCUUCCGAAGUUGAAAAUGUUCGAGUUAAUGAGUCAGAUGGAGUUACCACAUCUGAUGGAAUUGGAGGAGCUGUUAUUGUCACUGGGACGGGUAACCAGAAGAGUGUGAAUUUGUAUAACCAAAGUAGUAAUCAAGGGUCUUUAGCUGGUGCAACUAGUCUUGUGAGAAAUGAUCAUAAUACAUCUUCUACUAGUCUGGUGGAGCAACAUUCAGAUACCGAUGAAGCUAAAAGAUAUAAUGCUUCUGCUUUUAUUACACCUGCAAAUGUUAGUCAAAAGAAAGAGGCAAAUAAAGAGAAUGAUAUAUAUGGAAUUCACGCCGGUGGUGUUGGUGGAUUUCCAUAUGGAACAGCAAAUCACCAAAGUAAUCUUCUACGCUCACAGGAAAGCCAAGAGUUUGGUAGCAGUACUAGUCAAUCUAGCCUUCAUGGAAUGAAUGAAAGCCAGUCAAACAAGAGUAACAGUUCUUUGAAGGAUUAUUCAGUUACUGAUGUCUCUUCUCCUUAUUUUCCGCCAAAAAUCAUACGUGAGAACUCUGUUGAUUCAUUACAGAAAAAUAAGCAGACAAAUUCUAGCACUUUGGAUAGUGGCUAUUCACAUGGCUCAGUUUCUGGAGGUGAUUCUAUCAGUUCUAUGUUUAGAGAGACCAUUAGAUCCGAUAGUGAUUUGCCCAGUAAUCUUCAUGGUGCAACUAUACCUAAAUAUGAUCCCACUGGUUAUGAAACAAGGAAUUCCUCUAACCACACACCAAUAAAUUCAGUGUCAAUGGAAUCAACUUCUAGAAAGUUACGUCCAUCUUUUCUUGAUUCUCUAAAUGUCACUAGACCUUCCACGGGUUCUCCAUUUCAUCAACCUGGGGAAGAUGCCUCUAAGUCCAUUCAUUUAGAAUCAAGCAACAAUGGCACAUCAGGGUUUACUUUUUUCCAUAAGCCACCUGAAGAGUCUAAAACUGUGGGACUUCUCUCAAAUCUUACCACUGCUCCCGUUUUUAAUAAUAGUCAGAACACACUGAUGACAAGUGCUAAGGAAAAUGGCAUGGAGAAGAAGCAUGAUUAUUACUCUUCUUCACAAAAUGAAGACUUUUCUGCGUUAGAACAGCAUAUUGAAGAUCUAACACAAGAAAAGUUUUCUUUGCAACGAGCUCUUGAGGCUUCUCGAGUAUUAGCUGAGUCACUAGCUACUGAAAAUUCAUCUCUGACUGACAAUUAUAAUCAACAGAGAAGUGUCGUCAAUCAAUUAAAAUCAGAAAUGGAGAUGUUACAGCACGAGAUCAAAGCACAACUGGUUGAGCUGGAGUCUAUCAGGAAUGAAUAUACAAAUGUGCAACUAGAGUGUAAUGCAGCUGAUGAACGAGCCAAGUUAUUGGCAUCUGAAGUCAUUGGUUUAGAGGAGAAGGCACUCAGACUAAGAUCAAAUGAGCUAAAGCUUGAGAAACAGUUGGAAAUUGCACAAGCAGAAAUUUCUUCAUACAGAAAGAAAAUGUCCAGCAUCGAAAAAGACCGUCGUGAUUUGCAGUCAACCAUCGAUGCUCUUCAAGAGGAAAAGAAGAUGAUGCUGUCUAAGGUACGAAAGGCUUCAGGAUUUGGAAAGUCUAUAGAGACUCAAACAAGUAAAAGAGAUGGUUCUACUUCUACCGAGGAUUUAGUAAAUGAAGAUCCCGCUUCAAACACUUCCAACACAGAAAUCAAUGACAAUGCUGGUGCUCGUGAUGCUGAAACAUCUGGAUCAUCUGCAGGAACUACUCACUCAUCUUUUAGGAUUUCUCCUGUUAAUAUUCCUCAUGAUCAGAUGAGAGUGAUUGAGAACAUUAAUGCACUUAUUUCCGAGCUUGCAUUGGAGAAAGAAGAAUUGAUGAAAUCAUUGGCAUUUGAAUCAUCUGAGAGUUCCAGGAUGAAGGAGAUAAACAAGGAGUUGUCCCGGAAGCUUGAGGUCCAGACACAAAGAUUAGAGCUUUUGACUGCUCAAAACAUGGUUAACGAAAAUAUUUCUACAGUACAACCAGAUUCUCGUGCUACAUAUGAGAACAUUCCAUAUGCAGAUGAGGGUGACGAGUAUGUCAACCAAGGUAAAGAACCAGCACAUUUCAACACAGAUCCACAAGUAACGGAAGUUUACAGAGUAUCUUUUUGUUCGUUACCUUCUCAACACUGUGAAUGGCGCAAUGUGUAUAUUUGA